CUGCUUCGUAACACUUUCCCAGCGGGAAGGCCUUGAAUUUUUAGGCUUGAAUUGCUCAUAUCGGACACUUUUCCCACCACAGAUCAGUUUUGCUGUCAUUUUGCUGUGCCUUUUCGUGCCCUAACCGCAGUUUCGCAUUUGGCGCAAAAGUCUACCAAAAGGGCAUCUCUUUGGGCAACAGCUGGAACCUUUGCAGUGUUUUAUGGGCCUGGCGGUUGAAAGGGUAGUUGGAUAUACAAGCAUGUCUAAAGGGGCUGGUCUUGAGGAGGUGAAACAGCUACUGAGGGCAUUACAACCUCCUAUUUCAAAGAGAACUUCACAGACUCUACACAGUUUACGGACUGGCGGUGGUGACACCAGUGCAAAUGAUGACGGUCAUAUAUCACUACCUUCGAGAAGGGUGAUUGCGAGCUCAAAUUUGCUGUAUUUUAGAACUAGAAAUCAACUGCUACACUCCUCAGACUUCAAGAAGCUGUCUGAUGAGUUGCCAUUCGAGGUAUUACAAGCAAGAGAUUCACAACUCUUAACUCCCAAAGGCGGCUAUUAUCUGUUGUUUGGAUCGUUCGACCAUGCUGCCAAAUAUAUGUACAAUACCAUUGGGAAGACCUUGAACGGUGUGAAUUUCUACACUGAGAUGUGUACACCGCAAGCUCACGUACCCUAUUUGAAGUCGAGGCACUUGGAUGAGUCUUUCCAGGUUGUUGAAGGCGACAAGUUUACCCUAUUGAACUACUCCUCUCAAGUCCCAAGGAGCCAUUACGCCGUGGUACGAGGCUUUCCAACUUUUAUCACCAGGUCAACCUUGGAGAAUAUGCUCUGGCAAUACGAUUUGAGUCCAACAGAUCCGAUUAGAUGUCUAAGCAGCGAUAAAGUUGGUAAAGUAUCCUCAUGGCUUAUAAAAUUCAAUAACCAUCUGGAUCCACAGAGAUUUGUACGCCGGUACAAUGGCAAGCCUUUCGAUAACGAUGCCAACCUACCAUUGGUAUUUGCAUCUCAAAUGGAUUAGAAUUAGAACAUAUAUAUCAUUAUUAAAACUACUGUUAUUACUCUCUUUGCUAGAACAUUCUAAAGACUUCUCCAUCCAUCUUUAACAAUCUCGUACUUCUUAGCUUCGGAUUCACCGUUAUGAUGGGGCUGAUUUGGCGAUUCUUGAAUGACAUACUUCUCCCAUUUGAAGCUCAGCUUCCAAAUGAUAAUUAUCGAAUCAUCGCCUGACCAGCCAAGGACUCC